AUGCUAUUAACACGAUUACCCUUCAGACCUGCAGUCGCCUCUUCGCAAAGAUGCCUGCGGCACUUCUCGUCGGGCGCGCAGAAACAGAAUGAUUCUCUCGUCGAACUCCUCAAAGCCAGCAACGCAGCCAGUCCUCCACCGACCGCCCGGACCGGCGCUCCGGGCUCUCUCGCGACGCGCCUUGCCCGCGAAGCUGGCCUCGACCGCCCAACACAGUCCCGCGAGAUGGUCGAGUCGGAGCGGCGGGCCCAGUUCCAGCGCCAAGUACACCGCAGCUGGCAGACGGGCGAUGUCUACUCGCCGUCCGAUCUGUCGGGCGCUGAGCAGAAGAAGUGGAAGACGGGACGCAAGAAGCCCCAGAGUGACGCUUUCGAUGUGCUGGGUAUCAACCCUGUGUCCGAGUACAAGGUGGGUUGCGGAAGGCUCGAGGGACUGCCGCAUGACUGA